AUGUCUUUACUUUUCUACAGGAACAACUCAUCCAAGCAUGACAACAUCACCUGUGAAUAUCUGAUCCAACCAGGAUCUCCUACUAUCUACCAGCUGAUACCAAGGAAAGAUAACAUUGGAACUGUGACAAGAAUGACUCUUGGUGAAAAAAAUCCAAACACGAUAAACAAAACCAUCUUACUUGUUGGUGAAACAGGAGCAGGAAAAUCUACUCUGAUCAACGCUCUGGUCAACUACGCCAUGGGAGUGGAGUGGAAAGAUGAUGUCUGGUUUAAGAUUGUAGAGGAGGAGACGAGAAGUCAAUCAGAAAGUCAGACAUCAGAUGUGAUCGUGUACCAGAUCUUUGGUUUUGAAGAUAAAACUCUGCCCUACUCUCUGACCAUCAUCGAUACUCCUGGAUACGGAGACACCAGAGGGAUCGAACAAGAUGACAUCAUCAGUCAGAGAUUAUUAGACUUGUUCCAGUCAAAGGAUGGAGUUCAUGAGAUUAAUGCAGUGGGUCUGGUGAUGGAAACGGCUGUGUGUCGACUGAGUGACCGACUGAGUUACAUCUUUGAUUCAGUGAUCUCUCUGUUUGGAAAAGACAUAGAGAAGAACAUUGUCGCCCUCAUCACACACUCAGAUGGUGAGACACCUGAAAAUCUUCUGAAAGUUCUCGAGGCUGCAAACAUUAAAUGUGCCAAAGAUGAAGAUGAUGAACCUGUUCAUUUUAUGUUCAACAACCGCCAGAGCAAACAGAAAACCAAGAAAAGCAAUAACAAUGCUCUAAAAGGUGCAUGGGAAAUGACAAUGAACCAUAUGGGUAAAUUUGCUGAUUUCCUGAUCAAACAAUCCCCUCAGAACCUGAUGACAACUGUUGAAGUGUUGCAUUCACAAAUCAGACUGACAGCCUGCAUCAAUAACCUGCAGGAGAGAAUUGAAUUUAUUGAUCUAAAACAGACAGAAAUACAACAGACUCAGGAAGGUCUGAAGAAACAUGAAGAAGAGAUGAAUAAGAAUGAGAAAUUAACUGUAGAAGUUGAUGAGCCCUACAAAAUUAAACAAAAAGUCGACAGAGAGUGGAGGUGGUGGGCACUUGGCUUAAACUAUGGAGGAGCUGUCUGCUGUACUGUCUGUAAGGAGAACUGUCACUACCCAUGCACACUGGCCUGGUAUCCAGGACACUGUGAGGUCAUGAAAGAUGGCCACUGCACUGUAUGUACCAGUAAGUGUCCUGCAUCAGUUCAUGUGAAGGAAGCACAAUGCAUUGACUGUGAGGGUGAGUGUUCAGAUGAAUCAAAGCAUGUCAAAAACCCCUGGAUCUAUGUGACCAAGACAAGGAAAGUUCAGAAGACCCUGAAAGAUGUAAAAGACAAGUAUGAAAAGAACAAGGCAGUAAGUGAGGAUGAGUCAAGCCUUUUGAAAUAUUUUGAGAAGAACAUGGCAGGACUUCAGAAAGACAAGGCAAAGGCAAAAAGCAUUUUGGAGACUCUUGCGAAGGAAAUAGAAAUUCUUCAGCAAGAAAAAAAUCAGUUGCUGGAAGAGUCCUUUCAGCACGUUGUCAAUCUGGAGCAGAUCGCCCUGAAUGUUAAUUCAAUCUCCAUUUAUGACCACUUGGACUUCCUGAUUGAGAAGAUGAAGGAGAGAGGAGACAUGGAGAAGAAGAGAAAACUGGAAGAGUUGAAAAGUCAAAUGGAUAAAGAUAAAGGAAUAAAAGCAGGGAUGCGCUACAAGUUUGGUAAACUAAGAGAAGCAGUUUGGUAUUUAAAGAAGCAGUGGUGA